GGGGCGCGCGGACAGCCCGGCGCGCAGCUGCGGGGCCCCGCGCCCCAGCCGGGAGUUAGGUCGCCGCCAGCAUGGCCCCCACGCUGCAGCAGGCGUACCAGCGGCGCUGGUGGAUGGCCUGCACCGCCGUGGUGGAGAACUUGUUUUUCUCAGCCGUGCUCCUGGGCUGGUCCGCCCUGCUGAUCAUACUCAAGUCCGAGGGCUUCUAUUCCAGCUUAUGUCCAGUGGCCAAUACCACCAACAGCACCAAGGAUGAGCCACCCCGAAGGCAGAGCUGUGACGGCCAGGAUGAAAUGCUUAAUUUGGGCUUUACCAUUGGUUCCUUCGUGCUGAGUGCCACCACCCUGCCCCUAGGAAUCCUCAUGGAUCGCUUCGGCCCCCGGCCUGUGCGCCUGGUUGGCAGUGCCAGCUUCUCUGCAUCCUGCACGCUGAUGGCUCUGGCAUCUCGGGACACCAAAGUUCUGUCCCCGUUGAUUUUCCUGGCACUGUCCCUGAAUGGCUUUGGUGGCAUCUGCCUAACAUUCUCUUCACUCACGCUGCCCAACAUGUUCGGGAACCUGCGCUCAACGUUCAUGUCACUCAUGAUCGGCUCCUACGCCUCCUCUGCCAUCACCUUCCCAGCAGUCAAGCUCAUCUACGACGCAGGCGUGUCCUUCACUGUCAUCAUGUUCACCUGGUCGGGCCUGGCUUGCCUCAUCUUCUUGAACUGUGCUGUCAACUGGCCUAGCGAAGCUUUUCCCUCUCCAGAGGAAGCUGACUACACGAAGAAGAUCAAGCUUAGCGGGCUGGCCUUGGACCACAAAGUGACCGGUGACCGUUUCUACACACACGUGACCGUCGUGGGCCAGCGGCUGAGCCAGAAGGCCCCCAGCCUGGAGGACAGCGCUGAAGUCUUCAUUUCCUCCCAGGAUGUCCGUGCCACCUCCGAGAAGCCCUCUGAGAAGUCUGUCCCCUUACGAAAGAGCCUGUGCUCCCCCAUUUUCCUGUGGAGCCUCCUCACCAUGGGCAUGACCCAGCUGCGGGUCAUUUUCUACAUGGCCGCAAUGAACAAGAUGCUGGAGUACGUGGUGACUGGUGGGCAGGAGCAAGUAACAGAAGAGAUGCGUCAUAAAACCGAUGAGACAGUGGGGUUCUACUCAUCCUCCAUCUUUGGGACCAUGCAGCUGCUCUGCCUUCUCACCUGCCCCCUCAUUGGCUACAUCAUGGACUGGCGGAUCAAGGACUGCGUGGACUCCCCCACUGAUGGCGCUGCCCCCAGCGAUGCCAGGGAUGGGAGUGCCAACAAGUCAGCCAGACCACGCUACCGCAAAAUCCAGAAGCUCACCAAUGCCAUCAACGCCUUUGUGCUGACCAACAUCCUGCUCGUGGGGUUUGGCAUCACCUGUCUCAUCAAUAACCUACAUCUUCAGCUCGUGACCUUUGUCCUGCACACCAUGGUUCGUGGCUUCUACCAUUCGGCUUGCGGGGGCCUCUAUGCUGCUGUGUUUCCAUCCAACCACUUUGGGACACUGACUGGUCUGCAGUCACUCAUUAGUGCAAUGUUCGCUCUGCUCCAGCACCCGCUCUUCAUGGUCAUUACGGGCCCCCUGAAAGGAGACGCCUUCUAUAUGAAUCUGGGCCUCCUGCUCUUCUCUCUCCUGGGAUUCCUGCUGCCUUCCUACCUCUUCUACUACCGCACCAAACUGCAAAGGGUGUACAAGAAGACUGCCAAUGACUGGGAGCGGCCCCUGAAGGCAUAAUGCUGUCAACCCAGGGGCCAUGGAGGCCAAGCAGCUUGGACCCGGAGCAACCACUGGGGAUGCCUUCCACGGCGUUUCUACCUGUACCAGACACGCAGCGCCAGGGCCCCUGGAUUUAUAAAUACCAGAGAAGUUCUAUUUUUGUAGGGACUUGCUAAAAGGGAAAAAAAAAAAAACAUUAAAAACUAAAAAAAAAAAAAAGUUCCCCCCCCAAAGCAACGCUCCAUUGAAAGAAGACAGCCCUGUGCUACCAACAGGGCCUUCUUCCUCCUGGGGGGGACCAGUGGCUAGCCAGGGGCUGCCCUUUUCCAGCUCUGGGGUCUGCAAAAAUAGUCCUAGC